CAACAACAGUCACAAUCCCAAAUGGGUACCAAACGCAAUCGUGUACUUACAAGGCAGCCACGUGUUAAGCGUGACAGUGACAGCUUAUCCAGUUGUCAGAUAUCACCUGAACCCUCGACGGGCAGUCUAGAUUUCGAACCAUUCAAUAGUUCUUCACAAACACUGUACACAUCGACCGGCCAUCAUCCUAUGCCUGCAAAUGCUCAUCAAAAUCAACAUGCUCACCAUCACUCACAGGCACACAAUUUCCUAUCAGUUCCCUCACGAAUCGAACGUCAUUCGUCGGAGCCAGCGCCCAGUUCGUCACCCACAUCGUCACACCAUUUAACCGUGCCGCAGUCAACGCCUUUCUUGAUAAAACAACAUUCGGAUCCCCUAUUGCCUAGCCAACAUUCUGGUCAUCAUCUUAGUGGUGUUAGUGGUUCGCCAUCGAAUAGUGGUAAUCUUACAAAUCCGUUUGCACCUUUGCAUCGUCAAUAUUCGCAUCCAUUAUCCGGAAGCGCAACUGGAGCCUACCUGGCUUCAAGUGCCCCCCUACAACAUUCUCAACACAUAUCAUUACCAGAAUCAAUUUAUGAAACCGCUUCACCGCCACCGGCCGGCUCAUCGCAAUAUAUUGUCCCUCAGACAACCACAAAUAAUCCAGCACAGACCCCAUCUUCGUCCAAUAGUAAUAGCAGCACUACGACUCCAGCGAGUAGUGCCAGCCCCACAAAAGCAAUGAGUUUGCCACAAUUUCAAUCUUCAUAUUUGAGCAGUGAACGAACUGUGACAUCUGCCGCGGGUUCACCGCCCAUACCAAGAGUUCCUUCAACACAGCUGUCUGAACGCAGUAUAUCUGAAGAUAGUCAAGCAACGGUUGUAUCGUGCAAUGUGGCUACAACAGCCACAAAUAUGUCGACUGGAUUAUCUUCGGCAAACGCAGGACUUGCUAGUAAAUUCCGUAGCUCUAAAUCUGUAUCGGCAGUUAUGCAAACCGAACGUAGUAGCUCCCUUCAGGCAGGCGGCAGUACUUCUUCAUCGGGUGGUGGAAGUUCAUUGGAACAUUUACCAACAUUACGUGUACGAAGCGAGGAGUUGCAACGAUCGGUAUCAUCUCCACAGACCUCAAGGGAGAUGAUUACCUUAGAAAAUCCACGUUCUAGUCACUGUCCGGUCAUACGUCCUGGACCUGCAUUGGGUUGUAAUUUUUGUUGGAACACCAUCGAUGGACAUGGUAGAAUUUUGCGACGCAAAACUAAAUACCAUUGUCCAGAAUGUCAAACGAAUUUAUGUAUUGUGCCAUGUUUCCAGGAAUAUCACGAACGUCUAAAUAAUGAACAAGAAAACGCUGCAAACACAACAACUGCUAAUAACAAUAGCACAGUUAAAAAUGCAACAAGCUCCAAUUCAUCGGCAGCUGAUACAUCAGGAUCAUCAUCACAUGGUAGAAGUAGUUCACAAAGUGGUAAUGUGACAACAGGUGGAAGUGGAAAUCGACAUUAUACCAAAACGACGGAAACGUUUUAG